AUGGGCAAGAAAAAGAUUAAUAUAGCUAAAAUCAAAUAGGAGCGUCUCCGAUAGAUAACAUAUUGCAAGAGAAAGAAGGGGCUGCUUAAAAAGGCAAUGGAGUUAUCGUUAUUAUGCGACGUAAGAGUGUUUCUAUUUCUAUAUGACUAAAAUGAGACUAAACUUAUUCACUACUAAUCUGAUCCCAGAGACGACCUAAAAUAACUUUUCAAAUAGAAUUGUAACAGAAUAUUCUAUUGCAAUGCUGAUUAUGAAAGCAUAUCCUCUAAGAAAGUAGCAGGCGCAGAAGAGGAUAAAAAACCACAACACAUCAUACCAGACUUGAAUAUACUUUCUGACCAAAUUUUAGAAGAGGAUCUCAAGAAAAUAAGAUUUAAUAACCAAAACAAUAAAUAACUGAGUAGCUAGUAGUAGCAGCAGUAGCAACAGUAGUAGUUUCAGGCAUCACUGUAAAUUUACGAGAGUAACCUCAGAUCUGCUAAUGAAUUCUAAUAGAGCAACAAGCGGACAUAAAAGGUUGAUGACAAGCAAUCAUACAAAGAUGAUGCUUUGAAACAUAAAAAUUUUAGUAUCAACGACACACAAUUUCUAAGAUAUCAUCAGCUAACCCAAUAAUUUUCACCAAUUAAUUUGAAAGGAUAAGUACAGUCAAAUUAGGCAGCUAAUCCAUAACUCAGUAACUAGGGAUCAUCCUAGCAAGCACCUUAAUCCUCAAGUUAUAGGGAAUAAUCAUAGACUAAAUAAAGCAGACAUGAUUAAUCUCAGAAAUAGCAAUAACAAGUUGCGAUAAGUUAUACAAGGGGUAUAGAUGGUAUAAAAAAUAAUUAAGGCAUCCCAUCAUACUCUAAUCUUGAGUAAUCUAAUCAUGACUCAAGAUUUUCUAAGUUCAAAAUUUAACUAACUUAGAAGGAACAAGGAUACAAAAAUCAUUAGAUACCUCUAUCUCCGAGUGAUAAUUUACCAUUCAGUCCGAGCUCUUACCAACAUAAACUAAUCAGCAAUAAUUAGCAAUCAUUGACCAUUCCAACUAAUAAUAGUUCAAGAGAGUAUAGACUAUAGUAAGAAAGCUAAUCACACUAAUUUUCCCCAUUCCACAAUCACAGUCACUAGCAGCAGCCAGUGUCCAAUACAACUGGAGAGAAGUAUGAAUCAUUAAACAGAGCUCAGAUCAACCACAUGAGUGGCAGUCAGAUAUAGCAGCAUUAGUAUCAAACUAAAAAUUGGGCAGCUAAAGGUUAGAGCAGCAAGCAUAUCUAGUAGGUGGGUUAAAAGCAUCCCGUAGUAGUUUAGUAGCAAAAUAAUCCAUUAAAUUUUGAUGUAAAUUUCACCACUGCUACUCACAGAGUCAUGAAAAUGAAAACACGGAACCUAAGUAACUAGACUAAUCAUGCAGUGCAGCCAAUAUCGCCCUCAAAUAGAAUGAUGCAGAGGUAGAUUUAGAGUGUAAAUUGCGUAAUGGAUUCUAAUAUUAACAGCCCGAUGCAGCCGUAAAAAGUUAGACCCUUUAAUUUAGGUAAAUGA